CUGUUAAACUUAUUUUUUGAUAGGUACAAGAAAAUUCACCAGGACAUAGAGCUGGACUGGAGCCAUUCUUUGAUUUUAUUGUUUCCAUUAAUGGUUCAAGAUUGAAUAAAGACAAUGACACACUGAAGGAUCUGUUGAAAGCAAGUGUUGAAAAGCCUGUAAAAAUGCUAGUGUACAGUAGCAAAACGCUGGAACUGAGAGAAACAUCAGUAACUCCCAGUAAUAUGUGGGGUGGACAGGGUCUGUUGGGAGUAAGUAUUCGUUUCUGCAGCUUUGAUGGAGCCAAUGAAAAUGUAUGGCAUGUGUUGGAAGUUGAAUCAAAUUCUCCUGCUGCACUAGCAGGUCUUAGACCACACAGUGACUAUGUCAUCGGAGCAGAUACUGUCAUGAAUGAGUCUGAAGAUCUGUUCUCCCUCAUUGAAACACAUGAAGGAAAACCUUUAAAACUUUAUGUAUACAACACAGACACAGAUAAUUGUCGAGAGGUGAUUAUUACACCAAAUUCUGCAUGGGGUGGAGAAGGCAGCUUAGGAUGUGGCAUUGGCUAUGGGUAUUUGCAUCGGAUACCUACACGUCCAUUUGAAGAAGGAAAGAAAAUUUCUCUCCCUGGGCAAUUGCAUAGUGCACCCAUCAGUCCACUGAAAGAUGGAUUUACAGAGGUUCAGCUGUCUUCAGUUAUUCCCCAGUAUACUUAUUCACUUUGCCUCUCCCAAAACCAUUUCUCAUCAACCCCUACACCUGUCAGUAGUGUUCUAAGUACAGGUGUACCAACAGUACCAUUAUUGCCCACAGCAGUAAAUCAGUCCCUCAGCGCAGUGCCACCAGUUAACCCAGCAUCUACGUUACCAGGUCUGAUUUCAUUACCAGCUGGACUUCCUAACCUGACCAGUCUGAAUUUACCUGCUCCACACAUCAUUCCUGGUGCUGGAUUAUCAGAAAUCAUACAUCCCGGUUUGCCACCGCUUCCUCCCUUGCCACCUCUAAAUCUGUCUGGAAUAACACCUCUUUCAAUGCCACCUGAGUUUCUUGCACAAUUUCCUUUGGUCACAGAGGCAUCUACUCCACCUACAGAUCUGCUCCCCCCCUUUACUCAAGUAGGGAGCUUAUCUGUUGACCCGAGCACUACUGUAAGUGUAGAACAAAACUCUGCACUCACUUUGGAUGCUGCUGUUCCCACUUCUAAGGCAAUUCCUGUUGAUGACAGAUCAAAUGAAUCUGCAACAGUAAAUGAAAAAACAUCUGCAGUCACAGCUGUACAUACUUCAGAAUCGUAACUUCAAAUCAUUGUUGAUUGGCUUGGUAUAUUUAGCUAUGGGAUGCAUAUUUGAAGAUGCAAAUUACCAUUAAUUUCAUAGUAGUUUGUACUUUAUCUGUAGGAGUCCUGUAAAUAACACUGAGGAUAAAUAAGGAAAUGGGAUUUAUACAGUGCGCUGAAUGAGAGGGAAUAAAAAUGUAUUUAAACAACCAAAAAGAAGCAUCAUGGUAGUAAAACAGACUUCUCACUGCCAAACUUGUAGGUUUAACAAGCUGCCAGUCCCUUUGCUUAAGAUUUCCAACUUUUGCUUCUAUUAGAAAUGAAGCAGGUUAUAUGUGACAAUUGCAUACCAUGUUUCUUAUUCUUUACAAGUAUGGAAACUUUGUGACUACAGUCAGGAGGGGGAGUGUUUACUUUUGUCUGAGUUGUAAAUUUUAGCAUUACAAAACUUCCAACUAAAAAUAUUUUAUUAAAGUUACUGAAUGAUCUGUCAAUUGAGCAUCUUUUUAUUCAAUUUGUAUACAGAUCUCUAUCUUAAACUUUUAAGAAAAUAUUCAGUCAACAUUUUGUAGCUGCUGCUGGAUUGCUUUACCACACCCAUGUAAAAUGAUCUUUGGAAGAAAAUGAAAAAUGUUGCACAGUUUUAAACUAGAAGGUGGCACUUUGACUAUUGUAAGAUAAGAUACAAAGAGGAAAACAUCAUAUGGCAAUAAAUUCCUGGAAUUUUAUUCUGUGACCAAAUAA